AUGUCCGAAAUCGUGACCGAGUCCGUGCGAGACGGAAAAACCGGCGAACAGCGCCAAUUAACCUAUACCCAGUGCAAGGUCGUGGGAUCCGGCUCGUUUGGAGUCGUGUUCCAGACCAAGCUGCUGCCCAGCAACGAGGACGCGGCCAUCAAGCGGGUUCUGCUGGACAAGAGGUUCAAGAACCGAGAACUGGAAAUCAUGCGACAGGUGUCGCACCCCAACAUUGUGGAGCUCAAGGCCUUCUUCCACUCCAACGCUGAGAAGGACGACGUCUACCUCAACCUGGUGCUGGAGUACGUGCCCGAAACCGUGUACCGGGCACUGCGACACUUCUCCAAGGCCCGGCUCUCCAUGCCCAACAUUGAGGUCAAGCUGUACACCUACCAGCUGUUCCGAUCGCUGGCCUACAUCCACAGCCUGGGCAUCUGCCACCGAGACAUUAAGCCCCAAAACCUGCUGCUGGACCCCGCUACGGGCAUUCUCAAGCUGUGCGAUUUUGGUUCGGCCAAGAUUCUCGUUCCCGGUGAGCCCAACGUGUCGUACAUCUGCUCACGGUACUACCGAGCCCCCGAGCUGAUAUUCGGCGCCCAGAACUACACCACCAAGAUUGAUGUGUGGUCUGGCGGCUGCGUCAUGGCCGAGCUCAUGCUGGGCCAGCCCCUCUUUCCCGGUGAGUCCGGCAUUGACCAGCUGGUGGAGAUCAUCAAGGUGCUGGGCACCCCCUCGCGCGAGCAGAUUCGAACCAUGAACCCCAACUACAUGGAGCACCGGUUCCCCCAGAUAAAGCCCCAUCCCUUUUCGCGGGUGUUCAAGCGAGGCCCACCCGACGCCAUCGAGCUCAUCACCCCACUGCUCGAGUACAGCCCCGGACAGCGACUGUCUGCCAUCGAGGCGCUCGUCCACCCUUACUUUGACGAGCUGCGGGACCCCGAGACGGUGCUGCCUGACUCUCGAAACCCCAACAAUGCGGUGCGUCAACUGCCCGCUCUGUUUAACUUCACACGACACGAGUUGUCGAUUGCGCCGGAGCUCAACCAGAAGCUGGUGCCGGCCCAUGCCCGGGAGGCGCUGGGCGUGGAUCUCGACAACUUUGUGCCUCUGACCGUGCAGGAGAUGGCCGCAAACCUGUCAUAA